CAAAAAUAAAAACUGAUUAAUUAAGGAUCCAAUUAAAUAUCCAGGAAGUUGGCCCAGUCCAGUAAAAAAAGGCCUUAUUAAACCCAACUCAGUGAAACUCACAUCUGCGAUUGCUUCUAAAACAUCUCUUCCGAGUCUGCUUUCCUCAUUCAGCAAAACCCUCCCAAAACCCCGGCGAGCAAGCAACCCAAUAACCAACGAUGAGCCGCCGCAGAGGUUCAUCCUCCUCCACCGCCACUCCCCAAUUCGACAACCUCCUCCUCCAAUCACUAAUGCCCCGCCUCGAACUCCGCCCCCGCAACCUCCUCCCGCUCUCCGCCGCCGCCGAAUCACUCGACGACCUCUGCCUCUCCAUGUUCCUGAACGAAUCCGACUCCGAUUCAGAAUACGAAACCUCUUCGAAGACCUACCUUGCUAAAGAAGAAUCGAAGCUCGAGAAAGAAAUCGUUCGCACUAUCCUUAGUGGCGAGAUCGAGAAACUGAAACCUAAUUCCGGCCAGGCUAUUACAAUUGGGGAGCAUCAUAUCUGCGUCGGGUUUCAUGAAGAAACCGGGUCGACUUACCGGGUUUGGGAGUGGCACGGGCAUUUUGUAUUGGUCGACGAGGAGAAUGGGUACGAUCUGGAGUAUAUUUACGGGAACUAUUUCGAGAGGAUUGGUACAGCAAAGAGGGAAAUCAGUAGGGUGAUGCCGAAGAAAGACAACGAUCGUGAAAAGGAAAUCGAAGAGGAUAAAGUUGGAUUGCAAGAGCUGUUUGAAUGUGGUGGAUCAGGCAGCGGGCGAGGGCGAAUUCUUCAUCGAAGUACUGCUCCUUCAAAUUCCGGGUUUAUAUAACACCAAAAAACCUUUCACUUUUCUAAAUACUUGUUUUUAUCAUCAUUGACAUUUUUUAUGCUGUGGAAUUGUAGAGGUUUUCUGAUUUUUUAUUAUUAACUUUGCAGAUGAUGAAUCUUUUUAUGAUCCUCACAUUUUGAGUAUGCAGCUUAUGAAAUUUAAGUUUACAUAUUCGUU